AUGACUGGACUAUCUGGCAACAUGCCAGGUGGUACGACAGCUCAUAGCAUGUUCAGACUGCCACUUGACCUCGGCGACGGUACAGGCUAUUGGAACUUGACCAACGGGUCUCAGCGGGCAGAACUAAUCAGAGCCGCACAGCUCAUAGUUUUUGAUGAGGCACCGAUGGCUCAUCGCUACAUUUUUGAGAUUCUCGACAGAUCUCUGCGGGAUCUCAUGAAUUCACGUGAACCAUUCGGUAACAAGAUCUUUAUCUGCUCGGGAGAUUUCCGUCAGAUCGCGCCCGUUGUUGCCAGAGCUCGAACGCCCGCUGAUAUCGCUUGUGUAUCGCUCCGUGCGUCUCAUCUUUGGUCAAGUUUCAAGGUGUUCUCUCUUUCUACACCUCACAGGACUAGUAAUUCCAAUGCAUACUCCAAAUUCUUGCUUGAAGUAGGCAAUGGAACUAUCAAUACUGUUGUGUUUGGCGAGGGAAAGGACAGUUGCAGCUUGAUACCACUGUCUGGCAUUAGAUAUGUGACUUCCCUGUCUGAUCUCAUCGCUUAUGUUUUCCCCGAUUGUGACCUGAAUGACCCUGAACUUACGGCUAGACGAGCUAUUCUUUCAACAAUGAACGUUAACGUACGAAAUAUUAAUGACAUUGUUCUUAAUACUUCAAGCGGGGUCGUACAUGUGUUGAGAAGCGCCGAUACUGUGGACAAGGAAAAUGAUGACGGCAUGGACGUCGAUGUACACUUGCUGAACCAGGCCACCGGCAAGGGUGUGCCAGACCAUGUCCUGCGAAUCAAGAUCGGCUCCGUUUGCCUCAUUAUGAGGAAUUUGAAUAUCGACAACGGACUUGUGAACGGUACAAAAGUAAUUGUUACGGCGAUUAGUCCUCGCUUGAUUACUGCUAGACUUCCCGGCAAAACUGAUCCAAUUUGUAUCCCUAGGAUUCAAUUUGUGUUUCCGUUUGUCGAAGGGUCGCCACUUCGCAUCCGCCGUGUUCAAUUCCCUCUAAUGUUGGCUUAUUGUAUGACUGGUCACAAAAGCCAAGGCCAGACGAUCGAUCGCGUUGGAGUCGAUCUUCGGAGCGACUGUUUCACACACGGUCAAUUAUACGUCCUCCUUAGCAGGGUCAGACAUCCUGACGACAUCGUUGUUCUUGUCCCACCUGAUAGAGUCCGCGAAGGAACAGCCUAUGCGAAGAAUAUCGUAUUUGACGAACUCCUUCUUUAG